GCGCUGGCCUCUGAUUGGGCGGAACUUAGCAACCGGCCGUUUCUAUGGUCAACAAAUCGGCGCCCCGGCUCCAGAGGGUAGGUGCGUGCAGAUGACGGAUGUCCGCAAAUAUGGAAGCAACAGCGCAAGUUUCAUCAGCAGUAUGGCUGCAGUCCUAUGGGCUCAGUAAGAAGAAACUCACAAUGCCUAAAAUCCUGGCCCGGCUUGGUUUUCAGCAGAAGGAAGAUUAUGUAAACAAACUGGGGCGCCCGGUGUCUUCGCGAUACUCUCAAGGUCUUUUCCGACAGUACACCAGCAAUGGUAAAAUCUACAACUUGACAGCUAAAAAUGAAGACAUUUUACAGAAGAUUGAAUCUGUUACAAACGUCAUUGCACUUUACAAUCGAAGACUCGACUGGCUGAAGAGCUCAAGUCGCUCAGUGUUUGGAGUGGUCCAGGAACAAUCUGUAGUCAUCGUACUAGACCUGAGUGCUCCUACCAAAGGACAACACAGAUUGUGCCAGGACGUCAUAUGUCUCGUCAUCAGAGAACAAAUUGCACACAUAUCCAAGUUCAAUCUUAUUUGGGUUUCAAAAGAGCCAGUGAAGUGGCAUCAGAAGGUUAUCCGUGUCACUCAGCACUCCAUAGAAGAAGCUGUGGAAUGGAUCGGAAGCCUUGAGCGCUCUCCAGUGGCCAAUGUGGAUAGCGCAGCUGAAGCUGUGUCGAAAGCCUUGGAUGACCAGGUUGAGGCUAUUUACUACUUCUCCGUUGCGGAUGCACCAGUGGCGAAGAUGCAGAAAUUUAAGCAAAGCCUAGAAAACAACCCCUGUCCAUUGCAUGUUGUGUGCUAUAAUCCACAGGAAACUGAGACUGUAACAACGCUGAGUGAGUUAAGUCGUCAAACCUCAGGAAGGUUCCAUGUGUAUUUGGAGCAAAAUAAAGAGGACAGGAAGACAAGUCAGUCCAAUGGGUAUCCAGACAUGCCAGAAGCAUCUGAAGAUCUCCCAGAACUUGACCUGUGGAAGGAUGAGCUUUUGAUCAGGAAUGAACUGGGUGAGGCUCAGGAGAAUCUGAGACGACUUGAAGACAUAUGGAAGACUUUCUACCACUCAGAAGAUGAAAAGAACCGCAUCACUACUGUAGAGGAGACUUCUGAAGACUGUGUUAGCUCAAAGGAAUGGCUGAAGAAGUUUGGCCUAAAAGCACAGAAAUUGUUGAUUUAUGAUGCCCUUGCUGAUUGUGCCUUUCGUCACAGUGAUGGAGUAGUUGAUAUAAAAACCAAACCAGAGGAUGAGUCUAUACAGACAGAUGCGGAAAACAAUAUGAAAUGGAUCAAUGCUAAAUACUGUGACCGUUUUGUCCAUAUGCUUUGGGAAGAUGGCUCUGUGGUGCAUGUGCACAUCAGUAAGGAGAAGUGCCGGUGGUAUGAGGAGAAACUGAAGACCGCACUAGACAAAAUGAAUAGAAGGAUCAGAUGGCUCCAGAAUGGGAGCAGGGAGCUGUUUGGUACUAUCCUUGAAGAUCAAGUGUAUAUUCUCAUUGAUACAUCACAUUCCAUGAAGGACAGGCUGUUUUUAGUGAAGGAGAAAAUAUUGCAGCUUAUGCAGGAGCAGCUGAAAGACAAGAAGAUGUUUAAUUUCGUAAAGUUUGACUGUAAAGUCGAGGCCUGGAAACCAAACCUGGUAGAGGUUAAUGAAGAAAACAUGAAAGAGGCCUGGUGCUGGAUUAAGGAGCUUCAGGUUGGCAGUUCAACAAAUACCUUGAAGGCUCUCCAGGUUGCCCUCACUGACAGUAAUACCCAGGCAGUUUACCUGCUUACUGAUGGGAGACCCGAUCAGCCAACUGAAAUAAUUAUUGAUCAAAUUCAUUUCCUUAAUCAUAUACCUGUACACACGAUUUCAUUUAACUGUGAUGACACCGAGGCAAACACCUUUUUAUAUGAGCUUUCCAGCAAGUCUGGUGGUCGUUUUCACACUUACAGUAGUUACCUUAAGGAUCCUGGUGCUCCUCAGCCUUUUUUGAGUGAGGACAUACAAUUACUUUCAAAGGAGAUUGAAGAGGGAAAAUCUACACUGAAAAAAAUAAAAAAACUCCAUACAGAUUGUUUGAUGUUAGACUGGUACCAUAAUGGAGACCGUGAUCUUCUGCAAAGGACAUUACAGAAACAAAGCCAUACAUCCCUGUCAGGGCUGCAUUCAGCAGAUGAACAUAGACCUUCUUCAUCGUCAUUGCUGCAUAGGUCAAGUGUAAGUCCUCCUCGGCUUCUCCAGAGAAAGAAGACACGGCAUGCAGAACAUACAAGGUCUAGCCUUCUGAGGGCCCUGAGCCAUGGAGUCAGACUAUCUGAGAGUAUAACAGAUUUACAUAUGCCACCCGAGACUAAAGAGUUGUUUCUCAACAUGGACAAGAAAACAGCAUCUGUCCUUAAAGAGCUGAAGCUUAUAGAUGGCAGAAAAGUUCAAGCAAAAGUGAAGAAACUACCUAAAAGUUCUCUGGACAUUUCUUCAACUCGCUGGCUGAAAACCUCUGGGCUGGUGCCAAGGAGGCUUACUAUAAUGGAUGCCUUGGCACCAACAACUGUGCCACACUCUGCUAAGUAUAUUCCAAUUCUGGAUAAGCAUGUUGUUUCUAAAGUAUUUGAUGAGGUCCUCCCGCUGGCUCACGUAAGUGGAAACAGAAAGCUUAUCACAUUAAUUAAUCCCCAAGCUGUGAACCUCUCAGACUACAAGGAAAAGCUACAGCGAGCAAUUAAGUCAUAUGAAAGGCGCCUUAAUCUAAUCGUAUGGAGGGCUCUAUCCCAGGAGGAAAGAGACAAUUUUAACAGUGACGUUCCAAUAUCAUACUUGGACAAUAAAGAAGCCUUCCUACAAGCCUUAGACCGAUUAGGAUGGCCUGUAUCUGCUGAAGAUGUAAUGUUACUUGAAGAUGAAAUACAAGUAGGAAAAGAAUAUCUUCAACAGGCUUUGGAUUUGCAGGAGUCCACCAAUAAUAAACCAGUGACUGAAAAGUCCGAUACACAGAAUAAUCAUGACGAGAAUGAAAAACAAAAGAUGAAGGGGAAGAUGAAAAGAAAAUUUUUGGAUCCACUAAAAAGUCAAAAAGUCAUUGCAAGAUCUGAGAUCGAUGGAUUUUACUAUCCAGGCACCGUUCUGAAAAGUAUUAAUUCCAGGCGUGCCCUGGUGGAUUUCUGGCUAGGAGAAAAUGAGGUUGUCCCUACAAGAUUCAUAAUACAAACUGGAGGAGCACUGCCUUGGCCAACUCUGAAGGUUGGAGAUUGUGUUUUUUCAAAAACUGGGGCAAGAGGAGGAGGAGGCUGCUAUGUCCCUGCAGUGGUCAUAGCGACACCAAGAAGGGACGCAGCGGACAAACUGUACACCGUUCUGAUGUACAACAAGAGAAAGGAACAUUGUUUAAGAAGUGAGCUCAUUAAAAUCAGCCCAUCUCAAUUUGCUGUUUCCUGUGGAUAUAUUAGAAAAGCACAGAUGAUUGAUUUUACAAUCCCAAGUGUUCAACUUGCUAAGCCACUCCUGAAGCCAACCCCACCAAAGGGAGAGAAGAAACAUAGAUCAGUAUCUCGGAGAAGCAGACGGUCAGUGACCCAAGAUUUAGUGUCCAAAACUCCCAGUGACGGUGACUCCAUGGCAAGCACUGAUGGCGCAGAUCAAGAAAGAAAUCUUUUAGCUGAACACGUCAUCAAUAAACUGGAGGACCUAGCCUCACAAGUCACCCAAUAUCAAACUGAACAAAAGGAGAAUCAAAAAGCAAUACAGGUAUACAUUAAAGAACUAAAAGAACGUGGCUUACAACAGGAAGAAAAAGACAUUGCAAAACAGGAAAUCAAUUUGCUUGAGCAGCUGAAAUUGCUGAUGCCCAUUAAGAACACAGAGAAGGAGAGGGAUGAGUCACCAGUUCUACAUAACGAUCAAUCGCUUCCUCCAGGGCAAAAGGUGCUGUCUAUCUGCUCUCACAAUGGAUGGUAUGAAGAAGGAUUCAUUAUCCAUGACUGUGGAGAUCACACGUAUUUUGUGGAGAAACCUUCUGGUGAAGUGGUAAGGAUACAUAGAGAUGACCUACUGACUGAUACUGAGGAAAACAAGGAGAUAAAGGAAAAUGACCCUGUGAUUGGACCUCAUCCACUUCAUCCUGGGAGUUAUUGUCCGGGCGUUGCAUUUAACUGUAAUCCUGAUCUCAACGUGACGGUGCGGUACUAUGACAAUGCUGAAGGUCUUGCUCCAAGGGAACAAAUUUACUCAAUAAGCCCUGAAAAAUAUACUAGAGAUACUUCAUACAUUUUGGAAUGUGAAAAGAGAUGGGUUGGGCAGCCUGUUGUUGUUAGGAAUGAUGAAACUGGAACAUUUCAUUUAGCUAAAGUCAAGAAUCUUACUGACAACUGCAAGUAUGUCAUUUCUUGGGCAGAUGGUACAACAGCAAUACAAGACAAGGAAUGGAUUUUUGGAAAGUUCAGCCAGCCACAUGUACUAAAUGUUGGUGAUCACAUCUUGACUUUAGCAUACCCAUCUUCUCUGACGUUCUUACCUGGUAUCAUAACUGCCAUUAAUGGGAAACAUUUGCAGAUACUUUUCUGUAAUGGAAAGAGAUGUCAGGAUAUGAAAGCUCACCAUUGUUUCGGCAUCUCGGAGAAGACAUAUGACAAUGCUGUACUAUUCUACUGUGAGAAAAAUCAGACAAUAGAUUGUGAUGGAGAUGUCCUCAGCUCAGAGAAUGAAGAUUCACUUUCAGAUAUUUCGUCUUUUACAAUAUCUUCAAUUAACUCAGAAAAUAAAACAUUUAGGGGGGUGUGAUUCAUGUGACAGCCGAACGUUUUACAUCUUGGGAUAUUUUUACUGAUGAGAAUAACUACUGAACUUAUUAUAACGAAUAAAACUCUAAAGGCACAUUUAUAUGCACCGACCAGGCAGGCAAUUAUUGGGAAGGAAGCGUUCUUUCCCAUUAAUUGCCUGCUCGU